AUGACUGACCCUCGUGGAUUCAAUCUACCCACUUCCCAAGCAAGUGCGCUGCGUUCGUCUAACCAAGUACGUGAAGCGCUUGAUUUUUCACGCCAUCCAGAGUGCCCAUCCCUAGGCAUGUAUGCUCGGUUUAAUCAGCCCCGAGAUCUGCCACCACCUGAGUGGCGGUAUGGCAUACACAGUGCUCCAAACGAGUACCCAAUGACAAACGUGGUACAGCCUGAGCGCAGCUCAACAGCUGCCGAAUUGUUUGAGCAGACUGCCCAUGAAGACAAAAUCUACUUCUCGCAUGGCUUUCCACUGGAGAAAUCCAGAGUUAUAAGAAAGCCAGAAGAGCUUAAUCCCGUCAUUUUCGAUGAGAACCAUGUGUUUGGUGGGGUUGAAGAGAAAGGACUAUCUGCAGCAGAUACCCUCAAGCCUGUCCAUAGAGCCCCGCCCUUGCAGACCUCCUCUGACCCACGACGAUUCCUACGCUCAACUGGAUUGUCUCAACAAUUAGACGAUACAUAUAGACCGUCAAGCACAAGCCAAUCAACCAGAUCAAUGAACGAUUUGGCAGAGACUGUGGCGCAAGACAACAAGCGAUUUUACAAUCACUACACCAACAUAGGACCCCUCCAGAAACAGGACCCCAAACGUACGGCUCUAGAGUCCACGAUUGAUAGAGGAUACUCCAACUCCUUUAACCCAAACGAACGCUUUGGCAUACGAAAUGAAAAGCAGUUUACCGACACAACCGAAGCAUGUGUACGAUCCAUCAAUGGCGCCCGCGAUAGCCUUCCUUAUGCCCACGAAUACAGGUCAAUCCAUCGCAUGCCACAGACCACCCGGGCAAUAAACAAUGACCUCCCAGCCGGGACGUCGUCGUUUGGUCCCUCCAGCGACGUUGUCUGUGGAGCGCCCUCAGAUAAGACAGAGCUCUCAGUCAAGGAAGUCGUGCAAUCUUGCGGAUUUGAUGACCGGGGAUGCCUGGAUGCCACUACGCUGACAAAUACUCAGAAGAUGCGCAAGAGCAGAUACGGCUAUGAAAUCCCCAGACAUGCUACGUUUGGCUGCAUAAAUUCUAUGGAUUCACAUUCCACAAAGCCCGCGUGUAUUGGGGGAGAUGCUGAUGGCACUGAGUGGGGCGUGAUAAAUCAUCUUGACCUGUAUGCUCCAAAACGUUAA